GUCAGUAUCAUUUCUUCUUCCCGGCCUGAUACUCUCUCCCUUCUGAGUGAUAGUUUGUGUUUCACCUCAGUAAACCGCCGAGUAUUUUGAUUUUAAACCGCCGAGUGUUUUGACGCCCUUCCCACGCCGAGCCCGCUGCCGCGCCGUUGCCGCCUCGACUAGCCGUGCCAGGGAAAAUGGGGAGUGAAAACAAUUUGAAGACAUGGGUAUCAGAUAAGUUGAUGUCGCUGCUGGGAUAUUCUCAACCCACUCUUGUUCAGUAUGUUAUCGGACUAUCUAAGCAAGCAGUUUCACCAGCUGAUGUGUUGGUCAAGCUUGUGGAAUUUGGACUGUCUUCAUCAAGUGAAACCCGUGCAUUUUCUGAAGAAAUCUUUGCUAGAGUGCCACGUAAAUCAUCUGGUGUAAAUCUUUAUCAGAAACAAGAGAGGGAAGCUGCUAUGUUGGCAAAGCAGCAGAAGUCUUAUGCAAUUUUGGAUGCUGAUGAUGAUGAUGAUGACAAUGAUGUGGGAGGUAAUGUUGAUCAUAAAUCUUCCACUGCAGCUGCUCCUGAAGCCAGAAAAGUAGAUACCCGUAGAAAACGUUUCAGGAAGAGGAUUGAAAGUCAAGAAGAUGAAGAUGGAGAUGAUGAGGUAAUAGCACAAAGGGAAACAAAGAGACAGGCUAAAAGGCGAACUUCUGAGGAUGAAGAUGAUGGUUCAGAGUCAGAGGAAGAGAGAUUGCGUGACCAAAGAGAGAGGGAGCAAUUAGAGAGAAAUAUAAGGGAGCGAGAUGCAGCAGGGACACGAAAGCUAACUGCGCCAAAGUUAACACGAAGGGAGGAAGAAGAGGAAAUGAGGAGAUCUAAUGCUUUGGAGCAAAAUGGCAUGGAAACUUUAAGGAAAGUGUCAAGACAAGAAUACCUAAAGAAAAGGGAGCAAAAGAAACUUGAGGAAUUAAGAGAUGAUAUAGAAGAUGAACAAUAUCUAUUUGAUGGCGUUGAGCUUACCGAAGCAGAACGGCGUGAGUUAAGGUACAAGAAGGAAAUAUAUGAGCUUGUGAAGAAGCGGUCCGAGGAGGCUGAUGAUACAAGUGAGUACAGGAUGCCAGAUGCCUAUGACCAGGAUGGUGUUGUUAAUCAGGAAAAGAGAUUUGCUGUGGCUUUGCAGCGUUACAGGGACCCGAGUGCUGGGGAUAAAAUGAACCCAUUUGCAGAACAAGAGGCUUGGGAGGAGCAUCAAAUAGGAAAGGCAACAUUGAAAUAUGGCUCAAAAAAUAAAAAGCAAAUAUCUGAUGACUAUCAGUUUGUAUUUGAGGAUCAGAUUGACUUUAUCAAAGCAUCGGUUAUGGAUGGAGACAAUCUUGAUAAUGAGGAGCCCAUCGAGUUGCUUGAGAAGUCUCUGGCAAAAUCAGCUUUGGAGAAACUUCAGGAGGAUAGAAAAACUUUACCCGUCUAUCCAUAUCGAGAGCAAUUACUCCAAGCUGUUCAUGAUCAUCAGGUUCUUGUCAUUGUCGGUGAAACUGGUUCUGGGAAGACUACACAGAUACCCCAAUAUCUUCAUGAAGCUGGAUAUACAAAGCGUGGAAAGGUUGGAUGUACACAGCCGCGACGGGUCGCUGCUAUGAGUGUUGCUGCUCGAGUUUCGCAAGAAAUGGGUGUCAAACUUGGGCAUGAGGUUGGUUAUUCCAUCCGUUUUGAAGAUUGUACAUCAGAAAAGACUGUUCUGAAAUAUAUGACUGAUGGGAUGUUGUUACGAGAAUUCCUUGGUGAACCAGAUCUGGCAAGCUACAGUGUAGUGAUGGUGGAUGAGGCCCACGAAAGAACACUCUCAACUGAUAUUCUAUUUGGAUUGGUAAAGGAUAUUUCUCGUUUUCGCCCUGAUCUAAAGUUGCUCAUCUCCAGUGCCACACUUGAUGCAGAGAAAUUUAGUGAUUAUUUUGAUUCAGCUCCAAUUUUUAAAAUCCCAGGGAGGCGGUAUCCUGUUGAAAUACACUACACAAAAGCUCCAGAAGCUGAUUACUUGGAUGCUGCUAUAGUUACUGUUCUCCAGAUUCAUGUGACACAACCAGCUGGAGAUAUAUUAGUUUUCUUCACUGGUCAAGAAGAGAUUGAAACAGCCGAAGAAAUUUUGAAACACAGGACAAGGGGACUGGGGACAAAGAUUGCCGAACUGAUUAUCUGCCCAAUAUAUGCAAACCUACCAACUGAACUUCAAGCAAAAAUAUUUGAACCCACUCCUGAAGGAGCCCGGAAGGUUGUUCUUGCAACCAAUAUAGCUGAAACCUCCUUGACUAUCGAUGGGAUCAAGUAUGUAAUUGAUCCAGGCUUCUGUAAAAUGAAAUCCUAUAAUCCAAGAACUGGGAUGGAGUCAUUGCUGGUCGCUCCAAUCUCUAAAGCAUCAGCUAAUCAGAGGGCAGGUCGAUCUGGACGAACAGGUCCCGGGAAAUGCUUCCGAUUAUAUACUGCUUACAAUUAUUACAAUGAUUUGGAUGACAAUACUGUGCCCGAAAUACAAAGGACGAACCUUGCAAAUGUUGUCCUUACUCUUAAGAGCCUUGGCAUCCAUGACUUAUUAAAUUUUGAUUUUAUGGACCCACCACCAUCAGAAGCAUUAUUAAAAGCGCUGGAACUACUCUUUGCACUGAGUGCGUUAAAUAAACUAGGUGAGUUGACUAAAGUAGGCAGACGGAUGGCGGAGUUCCCUCUUGAUCCCAUGUUAUCCAAAAUGAUAGUUGCUUCCGACAAGUACAAAUGCUCAGAUGAGAUCAUUUCCAUUGCUGCCAUGCUUUCUGUUGGGAAUUCAAUCUUUUAUCGCCCAAAGGACAAACAAGUCCAUGCUGACAAUGCACGAAUGAAUUUUCACACUGGAAAUGUGGGGGACCACCUUGCAUUGCUGAAGGUCUACAAUUCAUGGAAGGAGACAAAUUACUCCACACAGUGGUGUUAUGAAAAUUAUAUACAGGUUAGGAGUAUGAAACGUGCAAGGGAUGUUCGAGAUCAGCUUGAAGGGCUCUUGGAAAGGGUUGAAAUUGAACUAAUGGCCGACCCCAGUGAUUUAGAUGCCAUAAAAAAAGCUAUAACAUCUGGUUUUUUCCCACACUCUGCAAGGCUUCAAAAGAAUGGAUCUUACAGGACCGUAAAACAUCCACAGACUGUUCACAUACACCCCAGCUCCGGGCUGGCACAGGUCCUUCCGAGAUGGGUUGUAUAUCAUGAAUUGGUUUUGACGACCAAGGAGUAUAUGAGACAGGUGACGGAACUAAAGCCAGAGUGGUUGGUUGAAAUAGCCCCGCACUAUUACCAGCUUAAGGAUGUUGAAGACUCGGGUACAAAGAAAAAGCCUCUUGUGGAAGGGCGUGGAUUAAAGGACUAGAAACUGGAUCACUUGCCUCAUCAUUUCGCUUGAAUUGCUCAGCCACCGAGACAUCGGGUACAAAGGAAAAGCCUUGCACAGUCCCCAAGUCUUGGCAAAGGGGAUUGCAGAUACUUAGCAGAGAAGAUAACUGUAUAUACACCUGAUGGAUUUUUGGGCUGAAGACGAUCAGAGACACUAUAGUAGAGGACAUGAAGACUGCACAUAGUAUUUUGUAUAUUUAUAAUAACUGCAUUAUCUGAAAUAUGAAAAUCAGUAGACUCCCCUCUUACUAAAACCGAACAUCCCUUGAUGGUUGAUGCAUGUGGGGAUCUUGGGGGUUUCAGAGAUGGCUGCAUUUUAGAUCAUUCAUUCAUAAAGAACUCCCAUCGUAGGAUCCCUUGGUUUUGAGGUAGAAGCUUAACCCAAAUGUAAAAUUUAGAUAAGAACACCUGCUUACAAGGCGUGUAGUUUAUGAUUAAAAUAUUUCAUUUGCUAGCUUUCAAUAUGUAUGUUGUGUUUGAGGUGCUGUUUAAGUAAAACUCAGAUUUCGGCCA